UACAGGCCAGGAUGACAUUGGCCUUCUUGGCUGCCUGGGCACAAGCUGCUCAUGUUCAACUGUCGACCAACACCCCAGGUCCAUUUCCAUGGAGCAGCUUUCCAGCCACUCUUCCCCAAGCCUGGAGCAUUGCAUGGGGUUGUUGUGACCAAGUACAGGACCUGGCACUUUGCCUUGUUGAACCUCACACCAUUGUCCACAGCCCAUUGAUCUGGCCUGUCCAGAUGCUUCCUACCCUCCAGCAGAUCAACACUCACAGCCAACUUGCUGUCAUCUGGGGGUGUACCUGAUCCCCUCAUCCAGGUCACUGAUAAAGUCACUAAACAGACUGGGCCCCAACACUGAGCCCUGGGGAACACCACUUGUGACUGGCCACCAACUGGGUUUAGCUCCAUUCACCACCACUCUUUAAUCCCAGCCAUCCACCAGUUCUUUACCCAUCCAAGCUGUGAGCAGCCAGUUUCUCCAGGAUAAUACUGUGGAAAACAGUGUCAAAGGCUUCAUUCAGCCCUAUGGGAGACCGGGCCUGGGAAACCCAACCUGGUGUCACCCUAUGUCCCCAUCAGACCUGGCUCAGCUCCUCGGUGGUCACCUUGGCAUGGUGGUACCCAGGACCAGCACCCUCCAUGGAGACGUUGUGGUUCAGCAUCACCCCUGUCCUCAUUUCACCCUCCCUGGGUAUGCAAUGUGCUCCCAUGGGGGACCCCCAUUGUGGGGGGACCUCAACCCUGUGGCCUCUCUUCUGCUGAGCAGUGCUGGGCCAGCUGCUGUGGUGGCAUGGGUGUCAGAGGGGGAUGGACUCGGCUCCUGGCCGGAUUUGUCCCCCUGGGAAUUCCCCAGUGUUACAGGGGGAAGUGUCAGCCCAUGGGAACGCCCGUGGUGGCUGUGCCAGCACAUCCAGGGCAGAUCCCAUAAAAGGGCUGCCGGCACAGAGGGUGGCAGGAGGCAGGAUGAGGCCGUGCCAAGUACUGCUGCUGCUGCUGGGGCUGGCCAGAGCCACCACACCGGGCCCAGAUGGAUCCACACUGGGAUCAGCUGGAUCCAUCCCAGUGUCCCUGCCAGGGCUCUGGACCGUGAGCUAUGAGGAUGCUGUCUCGGCAGCUGUGGAGCUGCUCAACACAAGGGUCAUCACUCCCUAUGUCCUGCGGCUCCGGGAGGCACAGCCCCGGCCCGGCUGGCCUGGGGACCUGCAGCACCCGCAGGAGCUGAGCUUCAGCGUGGAGGAGACCUCGUGCCGGGCAUCGGGGAUGGCCACCACUGCCUGCAAGAGCCACUGGUUUGGGGCAGUAAGCUGGUGCCACGGCUAUGCCUUCCUGGAGCAGCAGCAGCCCAUGGUGGAGCUGUCCUGCGAGAAGAUGCCCAUCACGCUCGGCCCGAUCCGGAAAUCCGGCAUCAAGAACCUUUUUGGCAGGAUCAAGGAGCGUUUCAAGGGCUUCUUCCAGUGCAGCAAGGUCUGGAUCCGUGACAAACUCAACCUGAAAAAGCCUAAAUCCUGAGCGGGUGAUGUCGCAUCCCUCCUGCCCCGUGAUCCUGCCCAGGCGCUCUGCUUCCAAUAAA